GUCGAACAAUCACUGUGCCAGUAUUGUUAUGGUUAUUGUCUACGAACAAAAUGUAUACCGGACUGGUGAAGUUUAACCCAAGAUGGCCUCCAUGUAUUCGCAUAUUUCUUUAAGUUCUCAGGGAGUUAAAUACUGUUGCCCUGUAAAAUUAUUUUGUUUUACUAAAGCGUAAAAGAACCCUGGAACAAAGAGUAUGGUUUAUGAAUUUGUGGCAUGUACACGUGUGACUGGAAGUAGAUAGUGCACGUUUCGUUGAAAGUGAAAGGAAAGUUUAUUAGACAUGUGUAAUUUGCCAUGUCUAAUGUAAAUUAAGGUAUUGACACAGAACAAAUAACAUUUCAUAAUGCAGACUAUAAAGUGUGUAGUGGUGGGGGAUGGUGCAGUUGGUAAGACUUGUCUGCUCAUCUCUUACACCACCAACAAGUUUCCUUCGGAGUAUGUGCCUACGGUAUUUGAUAAUUAUGCAGUUACAGUCAUGAUUGGUGGGGAACCUUAUACACUUGGACUUUUUGACACUGCCGGUCAAGAAGAUUAUGAUCGACUGCGUCCCCUUAGUUAUCCACAGACGGAUGUGUUCCUUGUGUGUUUCUCUGUUGUAUCGCCAUCUUCUUUUGAGAAUGUUAAAGAAAAGUGGGUCCCAGAAAUUACACAUCACUGUCAGAAAACACCAUUUCUAUUAGUGGGGACACAGAUUGAUUUACGAGAUGAUGCUGCGACUAUAGAGAAGUUGGCCAAGAACAAACAGAAGCCUAUCACAUUUGAACAAGGAGAGAAGCUUGCAAAAGAGCUGAAGGCUGUCAAAUAUGUAGAGUGCUCAGCAUUAACACAGAAAGGAUUGAAGAAUGUUUUUGAUGAAGCAAUUCUGGCUGCAUUAGAGCCCCCAGAGCCAGUAAAGAGGAGAAAGUGUAUCAUCUUGUAAACCAUUCUGUUAGCAGCAAAUCAAGAUAACAAAGUAAAUGGAUUGGUUUUUGAUGCCUUGUUCAUCAUUAUAUACUAACCAACUUGUGAAUAUGCGCAUUGGCAGAGAAGAACAAGACUAUGGAGGUAUUUUUUUAAGGGAUUCUCUAGUUUUGGAAUCCAGCAUAACAAGGAAGCACAAAGGAGGGUGAGCAGAGUAUUCUGAAACCAAUAAAAGAGUAGCUUUGAAAAGUGUGACCAUUGUCUGGAUGUAUUGCAACAAUUCCAUGUUGGGAGGGGUAAUAUUUAUCACAUCUGUUUGAGGGGAGGUGUACUGUUAUAUGUGCCAUUGCCAUAUUCCUUACUGUUUCAAACACCUCACAUUUAAGAAUGCAAUGUUUACACUUCUGUGUGUUUCCUUGGUUUUAUGAAAGUGGGGUCAUUUGCUUGUCCAGUACCUUCAUUCCUAAUGGCAAGAUCAUACUUACAGAGAAAAUUUAUGCAGUAUUGCAGUUAUUGUCCAUAAAUUUGAAAGUAAUUUUUAUAUAGCUUUUGUUUUGCAACAGUUUCUUUGUGUGUGGUUCGGAAUUCUGUAGGUGACGUGAGUGGGCUGGUGAUGUUUUUUAAGGUUUUGCGUGUGUGUAGCUUUGUUCUUGUUGUCUCCAUUGACAAGAAGAGUUGGAGCUUUCCAAAUUCUUCAGAAGACAUUUGUCACACACCGCUUUUGCAUCCACAUGGAUUUCCUCUUGCCAGUAGGAGCUGGUACGAGUGAUGAUACAGAAAGGGAGAGGUUGUAUAAAAUUUUGUCACGUAAAUCAUUUAACCCAUUUUGGGUACCGUAAUCCUUCCUUAUUGAACACAACUAAUGAUAUAUUAUUGUAAUAAUGAUUAUAGGUCCCUAGAGAAGUAAUUUAAUUCUGGGUCAGUUUUGUAUGCUGUAUGUAUGUGUGUGACUGUGUGAGUGAUAUUAACUGGUGGAUUCACUUUGAAAUUGCUACCAGUAUUGUGAGAAGGGCAUACCCCUUCAUCUCUGGGAACAUAUAUAUGUCUCACCUGAAAAGCAAUGAAAAUUGAUGCAUGAUUUUGUUUUUGAGCUUAAUUUAAUAUACAUCGGAGUUUAUAAAUAUUCAUGAAUAAAUUAACAAGGAGUAAGUUUUUGCAUAAUGUAAAGUGUGUUACCAUCCAUUAGUUCCUGAUUUUGUUGGUUUUGGGCACAGCAGUAUUUACAGGCAGUGGUUCAGAGACUGGAUUAGUUAUAUAUUCAUUGAUUGGUUCCCCAGAUAAGCAUCGGAAUUGCCCCAUUCAUCAGAGUGCUGGUGCAUGUUGGAGUUCUCACAGUUUCUGAAUUACCAUAGUGGUGUAUGUUUCAGAAAGUUUUUCUUAGUCAAACAAGGAAAGAGCAUCAUACAUGUUGAUUCUUUGUGAUAAGAGAGAAUUCUAACUUGUUUGAUUGAAAAGCAAUGUACCCCAUGAUUUUACAGUAGUAAAAUCAUGCAAGGUGGCAGGGUGGCUUUUUGCAAGAGACAUUGAUACAUGAUCAGCUGAAUGUAAAGAAACACUUUAUAAAGUAAUUUAUCCAGUGUAUCUGAGCCUCCACGCUUUUUCAUAUAUUUCAGAUCUCAGUCAUCCACAUGUGUUUUAUGAAUGUAUUGCUGCCAGUCUCAGAACCAUUCCUUGAGAAGUUAGUGAGGUUUAAGUGUUUUACGUAAUGAAACUCAUUUACUGGUAUAGCAGUCACAUUUCUCCCUCAAAUAAAUGCAUUCUUGCAAGCAUUGAAAGUGUUUGUAUAUGUUCAGGCUUUAAAUUGAGCAGCUGUCAGGAAGUUUGUGACUUCAGUACACAGAAGAAAAGUUGUGUAAUUUGUUAUUUCAACCUUUCUCUUGUUUUGAAUGCAGGUCUUAUAACUUCAGCUGUCUCAGAGUAGAAAGUGAAUGUAUUUUGUAUACUGGGCACUCAAGAGCAUAAUAGAAUCUAUGAGAGCUUGAAUGCAAAAAAGGAUAAAAUUGCAUACUGGGGAACUUCAUGAUUUGUUCUUUUCAUCCAGUAAGAAAGCACUCACUACCCUAUCGAGGAAAGAAUACAAUGAGCUUAAUGUGCUUAAGUAGUUCGCCUUGAUGAUGAAACUCCUAGGUACAGUAGAUGGAAGCAGUGGUCAGUCUCAUGCUGUGGCAGUGUUUACCACCCAAUAAAGAGGAAGUAUGGAUAUACUUACCCUGUAGGGAACGGAAUUGCCCAUUCAUCAGGACCCCACCUAGUUUGAAAAUUGUUGCUUCUGGGGACUGUAAACAUUCAUUUUGUGACUUAGAUUUUCAGGUUAAACUUGAUUUCACAUUAAAGAAUGUCUAUAGAUCAGGCAGUGAGAAAAUAAGAUAUUGUGUGACACAGCUUAGAUGUUAAAUGCAGGAGUUAAAUAAUGGGCAUUGUAAUGCAACUGUACAGUUAAGUUGUCUGCAGGGACGAUAAUGAAAUAAAACUUACUUUCCCAAAAUUGCACAUGGAAAGUAGUACAUAAUUUUUGCUUCCAAAAUUUAUAAAAUAAUAGAAGUGUAGAUCAUAUCCCCUUCUCACAAGGAAAAUAUAUUAGUAUAUUUUUCCUUAGUGCAUUUAAUGACAGCAAUAAUUUAUUUUAAUGUAGUGUAAAUAAUGCUAGGUGUAUUGCUGUGCCAAGACAUUGGAUAUUGGAUUCUAUUAAGAAGGGAACCAAAGAACUGUGACUCCAAACAUGAAUUAUUCUUAAAUUAAAGGUGACCAAUUAAUUGGCAUUUACCAAAAUACGGAUUGGAAUGAAAGUAACUUGUAUUAGUUUUUAUGGUCUGGUACAGGGAUGUGCAACCUAUUGAAAAUGCAGAUCACAUUAAAGAAUACAGGACUGUCACAACACAAGGUAACAGUGUGUACCCAAAAGUUCAAAGAUUAUUGUAUUGAAAGAAACAAGGGAAAGAACAGCUGUUGAAAAUUGAAAUGUAUGUAUGACCUGAGCCUAUUAUAAAAACCAUUUCAUGCCAAGAAAACAUUAUUGUUGAGUUUAGGUUGCAUGUCCCUAGCCUAAGGUGUUUGUGCCAACCCUUCAGCUCUUUUCUUUGUAUUAUGUCUUAAAGUUGCAGUGUUUUGAUAUCAAAGUGAAAUCUCCUAAAUCAAUAAAAGAAGGUAUGCUUUCUCC